CAUCUCUUCUUCCUCCAGGCCUUGCUCUGGAUCAUCUGCAUCGGUCCCCCCCCCCUUUAAAUUCUCCCUUUUGCACAAUCGUUCCUUUCUAGCACUACUCACUUCCACUUCUCCUCCUUUACCUCUUCCACGAUUCCCUUGCUUGUCCCCGCGCCAUCCCCACCAGACCGCUCCGGGGACUUCUUCUGCCCCUCUUAUCACCAUGACUAUCUACAUUGCUUCGCUAUUUCUCCCUUAUACGGUCGACUUCCAUGUGAGCGACCCGCAGAAUCUUGAAGCCGACACGACCACCAGCCCACCGUCGACCAACCCCGUUCAAAGCAUCGCCGCGACUCCCAAUGCGGCCGUAAGUUUGUUUGAGAGAAACAAUGCCGAUGCUACUCGUAAUGUCGGAAUCACCCCGGGCCCCGCGUCGGAACACGAACAAUUUUUUGCUGCAGAUAUCGCCAAGGCUGAACAGGAGCACUCCGGCUACCCGUUCCCCAAUACGGACGGGGAUGCAAAUCUUUUGACGGAAAGCGAAGCUCACUCUCCUGCGUGGGGUUCAACCCUUUCUUUGAAUCAGCCCCGGCCUCGUGCAGCUUUCCCAGCGUCCCCUUCUAUCCUCAAGCACCAAGAACCCAUAGUGUCAGGGACGGAACCUGCCAAAGAGAAAACGCGCACGCCUCCCCAGCCGCCGACCUCGUACGCUACCGAUCACCGUCGAUCUCAGAGCCGCAAGAGCUCGUUCUCCAACGCUGAAUGGACCAUUCAGACCGCUGAGCAGGGCAACGGAGGGCUGCGCAACGCCGUGCGAUCCGCUACGGAUGCUGGCCAGCUGGAGGACAAGGUUUGGGUGGGCACGCUAGGCAUGCCUACUGAUGCACUGCCACAAUCAACCAAGGACUCCAUUGCUAAAAAGCUCGAGACUGAGUAUGGCUCCAUGACGGUAUAUGUUAGCGACGGCGAUUUUGAUGGCCACUACACACAUUUUUGCAAGACGAUUCUUUGGCCGGUCUUUCAUUACCAGAUUCCCGACAACCCUAAGAGCAAGGCAUACGAAGACCACUCCUGGAUCUACUAUGUCAAAACCAACCAGGCCUUUGCCGAGAAGAUUGCCCAGAAAUGGAAGCGCGGCGAUUCCAUAUGGAUCCAAGAUUAUCAUCUGUUGCUUGUUCCAGCGAUGCUGCGGAAGCUCCUGCCUGACGCGCAGAUCGGCUUUUUUCUGCAUAUCGCCUUUCCCUCGUCCGAGGUGUUUCGGUGCCUAGCGCCUCGCAAGGAGUUGCUAGAAGGUAUUUUGGGAGCGAACCUGAUCGGAUUCCAGACUGACGAAUACUGCCGCCAUUUCCUUCAGACAUGCAGUCGCAUACUCUGCGUAGAGGCUACCAACGAAGGGCUCCAACUGGAGGAUCGGUUCGUCAAUGUUGGUAAAUUUUCCAUUGGCAUCGACCCGACUUCAUGGGAUCAGCGGCGCCGGGCAGCCGAUGUAGAGCGGUGGAUCAAAACCAUUGCGGAGCGCUAUGAGGGCAAGCGUCUCAUCGUGUCGCGUGAUAAGAUUGAUCAGGUUCGAGGCAUCCGACAAAAGCUGUUAAGUUAUGAGCUUUUUCUCAACACGUAUCCCGAAUGGCGGGAUCAGGUCGUAUUGAUUCAAGUGGCGACGAGCACGACCGAGCAGCCCGAGCUCGAGGCCACAAUCUCUGACAUUGCGAUGCGAAUCAACUCCACUCAUUCCACGCUAGCCCACCAGCCUUUGGUCUUCUUGAAACAGGACCUGGCCUUUCCGCAGUAUCUAGCUCUAAUUUCCCUCGCCGACGCAUUGAUCAUUACCAGCUUACGCGAAGGCAUGAAUCUGACUAGCCAUGAGUUCGUCUACUGCCAAGAUGGUAAAUGGGGCAACAACAAAAAGUACGGUUCGCUCAUAUUGAGUGAAUUCACUGGUAGCGCGUCUAUCUUCGGCAACCAUGCGCUCUUAGUCAAUCCUUGGGAUUACCGCCAAUGCGCGGAGGCCAUCCACACAGCGCUAUCACGGAGCGAAACGGAGCGGAAGGAGGUAUGGACGCAAAUGCACCAGGCCGUGUUGCAGAACUCAACCGCCAACUGGGUGAAAUCGUUCAGCGAGACUUUGAACCGUGUCUGGAACGAGCAGUCUUCGCGCGAGAUCAUGGCCGUCCCGCGCUUGCAAAUGAACAAAUUGGAGGAACUCUAUCAGAAAUCGAGCCGUCGACUGAUCAUUGUAGAUUACGAAGGUACCUUGGCAUCUUGGGGAUCUCCCAAGAGCAUAAUCGUGACCACGCCCCAGCGUGCCAUUACUACGCUGGCAGAACUGACGGAGGACUCACGUAAUGUGGUAUAUGUGAUGAGCGCGCGUAUGCCAGAAGAGAUGGAGCGCCUUUUCCGCCUGGUGACCGGGCUGGGCUUGAUUGCAGAGAAUGGCUGCUUCGUGCGGGAACCAAAUUCGGAGACCUGGCUCAAGCUGACAGACAAAACGCAGACGGACGCUUGGAAGACGGCGGUGCUGCAGAUCCUGGAUUAUUACCAGGAGCGCGCCGAAGGCAGCUGGAUCGAACAGCGCCAUUGCUCACUCGUCUUCCACUAUGGAUCGGCGGAGGACCAGGUGGCGGCUGCACGACUGGCGUCGGAAUGCGCGGGGCACAUCAACGAUGCCUGUGCCAACCAAGGUGUUCAUGCCAUCCCCGUGGAAGGCGCCCUAGUGGUGGAGCCGAUGGGUACGAACAAGGCUUCAGCGACGGAGUUGGUGUGGCGGUCGUGUCUCAAACAGAGCCAAGAAGUUGAGAGCGUGGCCCGUCCCGAUUUUCUGUUGGCGAUUGGAGACAGUCGCGACGAUGAGCCUGUCUUCCGGUGGGCCAACAAGUUGGAGAGUACCCAGGCAGUUAACCACGCCGUGACGGUUACAUUGGGCUCUCGAAGCACGGAGGCCAGGGCUACCUUGACGCAGGGUGUGACCGGAGUCUUGUCGUGCUUGGAACGGUUGGCUGAGCACAAGCCCUGAUGACUCCGUACAUAUCUCCUCGCGCACACGCACACGCACACGCGCACACACCUACACAUAUGCAUAAAUUCACCAAGCACACAGUAACACGAUCACAGGGCUUAUCAUUUUAGGUCUAUAUGGGCACGAGUAAACGGACGAUGCCAAAAGAUGGACAGACAACCGCGCGAUUCCUUGUUCGCUGGCGUACCGUACCGUACUGCCCAUCCCGACCCGAUCAUGCUGGUGUCCUAGACAUCCCAACAGCGUGGACCAGCAGAAGAUUUGGAGAGAAUCAGGCAAAUUAUGCAGGGUGCAAGGACAAAAAGAGCCCGACCCUUGUGGUCUUAAGUUGUCAUCCUGGAGUUCGCUGUAGAUCAACCGACCUUGUUUCUAGAGUAAUCCUAGCGGAAUGAGAUCCAGAAUUUUGGCGUAUGGAAAC